AAACCUUGGCCAUUUGAUUUAUUUACAAAAUUUCGCGAGGGAAAGGAAAGGACACGAAAACACUGUUGUAAGCCAGAAUCGGACAAUUUCUUUCUAAAAAUGAGCGGUAUGCAAGGAGCUUUUAUCAAGUUUCUUGAAAGAAGAAAGAGAGUAACAGAAGGUUAUGAGAGUGCAAACCCUCAAGUGCAGUCAGAUGUCAUUGAUCAAGAUCGACAGGGAACUACAUGUAAUAAUACAGCUGGGUAUACUCAUGAGGGCAAGAAGAGAAGGAGGAUACGGAAAUGUUAUUUGUGUGGGAUUAUGACCCCUAGAAUGUAUAUGCACAUGACCAGGAAGCAUCCCAAUCUGACCCUACAAGAGAGACAUGAAUACCGUGAAAUUAUGCUCAGAGAGACACCAGUUCUGAAAGCAAAUGGCGGCAAAAUAAUUAAGAAACUUUGGAAAUGCCCUCUUUGUCCUGCAAUCACACAAAGGAUUGAUAAUCAUAUCGUGAAGAUCCAUGGCAAGAAGCGUGGCUCAAAAAUAAUGAAGGCUCUGAUUACAAAAGCAAAAGAAUUAGAGGGCGAGAGAGCUGCCGCUGGUGAAAGUACAUCAUCUUUUAAGAAGUAUCAUAAGAAGAAUAUCACGCAAGAACCAACAUCAAAUGAGUUACAUGUAGGAGAAGAGGGAGAUUCGAGACCAGCAGAGGAGACAUCUAGAGAAGACAUGGAAGAGGACCAAACAGAAGAAGAUGGGACGGAUGUGGAUGGGACUGAAGCGAAUAGAACAGAAGAAGAUGGGACGCAAGUGGACGGGACUGAAGCGAAUAGAACAGAAGAAGAUGGGACGGAAGUGGACGGGACUGAAGCGAAUAGAACAGAAAAAGAUGGGUCUGAAGCAGACGGGACUGAAGCGAAUAGAACAGAAGAAGAUGGGACGGAAGUGGGCGGGACUGAAGCGAAUAGAACAGAAGGUGGGUCGGAAGCGGACGGGACUGAAGCGAAUAGAACAGAAGAAGAUGGGACGGAAGUGGACGGGACUGAAGCGAAUAGAACAGAAGGUGGGUCGGAAGCGGACGGGACUGAAGCGAAUAGAACAGAAGAAGAUGGGACGGAAGUGGACGGGACUGAAGCGAAUAGAACAGAAGAAGUUGGGAUGGAGGCGGACUGGACUGGAGCGAAUAGAACAGAAGAAGAUGGGAUGGAGGCGGAUAGGACAAUAGUUGGGACGGAAGGAAGAGAAAAAACCAAACAAUACAGCCCCAGAAAAGAUCAAACAGACAUAACUUCAAAAGAUCAAACAGGGGGAGAUGGAUUGGACAAACAUCUUUCUCAAGAAGACAGGAUUGAAGAGGCAAAAGAUGAGGAAGAUCACCCUUCCCAAGUCCCACAGCUCUUUGUGCAUGAUGUUCCCCGGGAAGAAGUUCAAGUAAAAGACAAAGGCAAAUGCAAGAGGAUACAACGGGUAUGCCUUUUGUGCGGUGAAAAAAUCAACAACAUGUCUAUGCAUGUCAUCAGAAGGCAUAAAAAUCUUUCACGGCGUGAAAAAAAUGAGUAUCGUCAGAAGAUGCUAAGAGAAUAUCCCAUCCACCAUCAGAAGAGCCAGACUAGAAAGCAGAAACCGCUGUUACAAUGUCCUCUUUGUCCUGUUUUAGUCCAGAGAAUUGAUGGACAUUUAGUAUAUGUCCAUGGGAAACAACGUGGAUCGUAUGAUAUGAAAGCUUUGAUAGCUAAAGCUAAAGGGAUACCAAAUACUAGCCAUGGUGAAGAGCUCGUCAGUGCGUUUGUGAAACAUCUUAGAAUGAUGAGAAAGAGAGCAGGGUUUAGUGAAGAUUCUUCCCCAAGAGAAAGUGGUAAAAAAGUAAAAAGGAUGCUAAAGUGGGCCGGUGGAUUAGAUUUGGUUACCAAGAAGGAGGUUCUUAAUCAGAUAGUCUCAAAGCUUUGGAACAUGGCUCCAGAAACAGGCUUCGGGUAUCUUGCUUCAUUGAAACGGUUCAUCCGUUUCCUCAUAACAGAAGAGGAGGCGAGUGAAGUACUGACUUUUGAGAAGCUCACACGUUGCCUGUAUAGGAUCGAAGAUUUUAUUGAAAGUCUGUCGGGGCGCAUCGUGAACAGGGGUUCAGCAGCAAGAUCAAAGCCCACAUCAGAAUGAGGAUUUAGGUAGAAACUUCACACACAUCAGGUAGGAGAGUGAGGUUUCCCAGAGUGGGGUAGGCUUGGCAAUGGUCUGGGAUUAUGUUCUAAAUGGAUUAUGAUGGUACUACGAUGGCAGUCAACUGAUACAAUUACUACUGUAUUCAAGAUGCAUGUAUGCAGAGAAAGAGGAUUACACAAUAAGAAGUGCUCAUGCAGGACUGACAGGUUUGCUGGACUGCUAUUCACAUUCCACAUGGAGCCAUGUUUGGCAAAUCGUUAAUAUCAGAUAAUAAAUUGAGUAUUCUGUGAUGAUAUGACACCUUGAGUUAAAUACUAAAUGGUCUUUAAUGAUUAUACAGCAUAAGCCUCUUAGCAAAUUUGUUCCAAGCUCAGCAGAGGACACCUUGAUAGAACAAAUGCUGUAGAAUUGGGUAUCGACUAUUUAGAAUAACCAGGAGAGAUUUUUUUUUAUCUCAAAUAUCUUUGGGAUACAUACUGUUCAUUGCGAUAGAUGGUGAAUAAGCUUGAAAGCAUUGUUAGGAGAAAUGUCUUCUAUUCAGUACAAAAUUAUACAGGAAGCCAAGGUACUUUGUAGAACGGGUGUAACAUGUUUGUGCUCACUGCGCUUUGUUCUUGUUAUUAGUCUCACUGCCGAGUUUUGGAUCCUUUGAAGUUUAUGAAUUUAAAUAUUAGGGAGACUGUGCAAUGAGCUAUUACAAAAAUCAGUGCAUGACAAUACAGGAGUAUGAACUAUUUUUCUUUUGUCUUUGGAUUUGUAUUUACUUAAGAAUGGUAGUUAGGUCAAUGCUUUAGACUUUCUUACUUGUGGUCAGCGACUGACCCAUUACAUGUGGACUGUUUGUUUUUUCUUUUAAAUUGAAAAAUGAAUACAACAGAAGGAAUGUUUAACAAUCAGGGUAUAUAUACCUUCUCUGCAUAAAAGAAAUAUGUGUAGGCCUACUGUAAUCUCUAAUCUGGACAUAGCUAGACAUUGUGCACUGUUAGAGCAACCUGCAAGAGACAAAAUGUAAAGAAUGU